AUGGAUAACGAUGAUGAAGUGGUUCUGCAAUGCACUGCCACCGUUCACAAGGAGCAACAGAAACUGUGCCUUGCUGCAGAAGGAUUUGGCAACAGGCUCUGUUUUUUGGAAUCCACUUCAAAUUCUAAGAAUGUUCCACCGGAUCUCUCCAUUUGUACUUUUGUGCUGGAACAAUCCUUGUCAGUGCGAGCUCUUCAGGAAAUGCUGGCUAACACUGAAGAGAAAGCAGAAGGGCUAGUUGAUGUGGAAAAAUGGAAAUUUAUGAUGAAGACUGCACAAGGUGGUGGUCAUCGAACGCUUCUCUAUGGACAUGCAAUAUUGCUGCGCCAUUCCUACAGUGGCAUGUAUCUUUGCUGCCUCUCCACCUCACGGUCUUCGAUGGAUAAAUUGGCAUUUGAUGUGGGAUUGCAAGAAGACACAACAGGUGAGGCCUGCUGGUGGACCAUACAUCCUGCCUCCAAACAGCGAUCAGAGGGAGAAAAAGUGCGUGUUGGAGAUGACCUCAUCUUAGUUAGUAUAUCUUCAGAAAGAUACUUACAUCUGUCUUAUGGCAACGGUAGCUUACAUGUUGAUGCAGCCUUCCAGCAAACACUCUGGAGUGUAGCCCCAAUCAGCUCAGGAAGUGAAGUAGCCCAAGGAUAUCUGAUAGGAGGUGAUGUGCUGAGGCUAUUGCAUGGGCACAUGGAUGAAUGCCUUACUGUCCCUUCAGGGGAACACGGAGAAGAACAGCGAAGAACUGUCCAUUAUGAAGGUGGCGCUGUGUCGAUUCAUGCUCGUUCCCUUUGGCGACUAGAGACUCUAAGAGUUGCGUGGAGUGGAAGCCACAUUAGAUGGGGACAGCUAUUCAGACUAAGACAUAUAACAACAGGGAAAUAUUUAAGCCUCAUGGAUGACAAGAGUCUUCUUCUUACGGACAAAGAGAAAGCUGAUGUGAAAUCUACAGCGUUUUGUUUUCGGUCUUCCAAGGAAAAACUGGAUAUAGGGAUGAGAAAAGAGGUUGAUGGAAUGGGAGCACCUGAAAUAAAGUAUGGUGACUCAGUAUGCUACAUACAACAUGCAGACACAGGCCUGUGGCUCACGUACCAGUCUGUGGAUGCAAAGUCUGUAAGAAUGGGAUCUGUGCAACGCAAGGCUAUAAUGCACCAUGAAGGCCACAUGGAUGAUGGUUUGACCUUGUCCAGAUCUCAGCACGAAGAAUCCCAUACAGCACGAGUCAUCCGUAGUAGUGUCUUCCUUUUCAACAGAUUUAUAAGGGGCCUUGAUGCUCUCAGCAAGAAAGUGAAGUCUUCCACAGUUGACUUUCCCAUUGAGUCAGUCAGUCUGAGCCUUCAGGACUUGAUCGGCUACUUCCACCUGCCAGAUGAACAUUUAGAACAUGAAGACAAACAGAACAGGCUAAGAGCACUGAAGAAUCGACAAAAUCUCUUCCAGGAAGAGGGUAUGAUCAACCUUGUCCUUGAAUGCAUUGAUCGCUUGCACGUGUACAGCAGUGCAGCCCAUUUUGCUGACGUAGCUGGGAAGGAAGCAGGAGAGACUUGGAAAUCUAUUCUAAAUUCUUUGUAUGAAUUACUAGCGGCACUUAUUAGGGGGAAUCGUAAAAACUGUGCUCAAUUUUCUGGAUCUCUUGACUGGUUGAUCAGCAGAUUGGAAAGAUUGGAAGCCUCCUCUGGAAUUCUGGAGGUUUUGCACUGUGUGUUGGUGGAAAGUCCAGAAGCUCUAAACAUUAUUAAGGAAGGACAUAUUAAAUCGAUUAUCUGUCUUUUGGACAAACAUGGAAGAAACCAUAAGGUUUUAGAUGUCUUGUGCUCUCUCUGUGUAUGCCAUGGAGUAGCAGUGCGGUCUAAUCAACAUCUAAUCUGUGACAAUCUCCUACCAGGAAGAGAUCUCCUCCUACAGACACGCCUUGUGAACCAUGUGAGCAGCAUGAGACCCAAUAUCUUCCUUGGGAUCAGCGAAGGCUCCGCCCAAUACAGAAAAUGGUACUAUGAGCUUAUGGUGGACUACGUGGAGCCCUUUGUGACAGCAGAAGCAACUCAUCUUCGAGUGGGCUGGGCUUCAACAGAGGGCUAUUCACCCUACCCUGGGGGAGGUGAAGAAUGGGGUGGAAAUGGUGUUGGCGAUGACCUGUACUCUUAUGGAUUUGAUGGUCUUCAUCUGUGGUCAGGCUGUAUUGCACGGACAGUGAAUUCUCCCAAUCCACAUUUGUUAAGAACGGAUGAUGUCAUCAGCUGCUGUUUGGAUCUAAGUGCCCCAAGCAUCUCAUUCCGGAUAAAUGGUCAACCAGUUCAAGGGAUGUUUGAGAAUUUCAACAUAGAUGGCCUCUUCUUUCCAGUCGUCAGCUUCUCUGCAGGAAUAAAGGUACGUUUUCUGCUUGGAGGCCGCCAUGGAGAGUUCAAAUUCCUGCCUCCACCUGGGUAUGCGCCUUGCUUUGAAGCUGUUCUGCCAAAAGAGAAGCUAAAAGUGGAACAUAGCCGAGAAUACAAACAGGAUCACCACUGUACAAGAGACCUAUUGGGUCCAACCAUCUCUUUAUCCCAAGCAGCCUUCACACCAGUUCCCAUAGACACUAGCCAGAUUGUAUUGCCUCCUCACCUGGAAAGAAUUAGAGAAAAAUUAGCAGAGAACAUCCAUGAACUCUGGGUUAUGAAUAAAAUUGAACUUGGCUGGCAGUAUGGCCCUGUUAGAGAUGACAACAAAAGACAACACCCGUGCUUGAUAGAGUUUUCAAAGUUGCCAGAGCAGGAACGAAAUUAUAAUUUACAAAUGUCACUUGAGACGCUGAAAACCCUGUUGGCAUUAGGUUGUCAUGUUGGAAUUGCUGAUGAAUAUGCUGAAGAAAAAGUGAAAAAACUGAAACUUCCUAAGAAUUACCAGUUGUCAAGUGGAUACAAGCCUGCUCCCAUGGAUCUGAGCUUUAUCAAGUUGACCCCCUCUCAAGAAGCCAUGGUGGAUAAACUAGCAGAGAAUGCUCAUAAUGUGUGGGCAAGGGACCGUAUCAGGCAGGGUUGGACAUAUGGUAUCCAGCAGAGCCAACCAGCCAGCCAGCAGAGGGAGCACAAGUUAACUAAUAAAUCCUGUUCCCAGAACUGUGCUGACAUCAAUGCUGACACUGAUCACAAACAAGAUGUGAAGAAUCGAAGAAACCCCCGCCUUGUCCCGUAUGCCCUUUUGGAUGAUCGUACCAAGAAGUCAAACAAAGAUAGCCUCCGGGAGGCCGUCCGCACCCUUCUUGGCUAUGGUUACAACCUGGAGGCUCCUGAUCAAGAUCACGCUACAAGGUCAGACGUGUGCACUGGGAUAAUGGAAAGAUUCCGGAUAUUCCGCACUGAGAAGACUUACGCAGUGAAGGCUGGAAAAUGGUACUUUGAGUUUGAGGCAGUCACUGCAGGAGACAUGAGAGUUGGGUGGACCAGGCCAGGCUGCCAGCCAGACCAGGAACUUGGCUCAGAUGAUCAAGCUUUUGUCUUUGAUGGCUUCAAGGCCCAGCGGUGGCACCAGGGUAAUGAGCAUUUUGGCCGCUCUUGGCUGGCAGGGGAUGUCGUGGGAUGUAUGGUUGACAUGAAUGAGCACACCAUGAUGUUCACCCUGAACGGUGAAAUCCUGCUCGAUGACUCAGGUUCAGAGCUUGCAUUCAAGGACUUUGAGGUUGGUGAUGGAUUUAUACCUGUGUGCAGCCUGGGCUUGUCUCAAGUGGGAAGAAUGAACUUUGGCAAAGAUGUCAGCUCCCUGAAAUAUUUUACUAUCUGUGGCUUACAAGAAGGCUAUGAACCCUUUGCUGUUAAUACAAACAGAGACAUUACCAUGUGGCUGAGCAAGAGACUCCCUCAGUUUUUCCCAGUGCCACCAAACCAUGAACACAUUGAGGUGAUGAGAAUAGAUGGCACCACAGACAGCUCCCCCUGUUUGAAGGUCACUCAGAAGUCCUUUGGCUCACAGAACAGCAAAACAGGCAUCAUGUUUUUUCGCUUGAGCAUGCCUAUUGAGUGUGCAGAAGUAUUCUCCAAAACAUCAGCAGGAGGGUUGCCAGGCACUGGUCUUUUUGGCCCAAAAAGUGACUUGGAGGAUUUUGAUGCUGAUUCUGAUUUUGAGGUUCUGAUGAAGACAGCUCAUGGUCACCUAGUGCCUGACCGGGCAGAAAAAGAAAAAGAAGCUACAAAACUGGAGUUCAAUAACCACAAGGAUUACACUCAAGAGAAACCUUCACGUCUUAAACAAAGGUUUAUGCUCAGAAGGACAAAGCCAGAUUACAGCACAAGCCACUCUGCACGGCUCACAGAGGAUGUUCUGGCAGAUGACAGAGAUGACUAUGAUUACUUGAUGCAUACUUCUACGUACUAUUACUCGGUGAGAAUAUUUCCUGGGCAAGAACCUGCUAAUGUCUGGGUGGGCUGGAUUACAUCUGACUUCCAUCAAUAUGACAUGACCUUUGACUUGGACAGAGUACGCACUGUUACAGUGACACUAGGGGAUGAAAAAGGAAAGGUUCAUGAGAGUAUCAAACGUAGUAACUGCUAUAUGGUGUGCGCUGGAGAGAGCAUGAGCCCCGGACAAGGACGCAACAACAAUGGACUGGAGAUUGGUUGCGUGGUCGAUGCUGCCAGUGGUCUGCUAACCUUCACUGCUAAUGGCAAGGAACUGAGCACCUAUUAUCAGGUUGAACCAAGUACUAAGUUAUUUCCUGCAGUAUUUGCACAAGCUACAAGCCCCAGUGUUUUCCAGUUUGAGUUGGGAAGGAUAAAGAAUGUAAUGCCAUUGUCUGCUGGCUUGUUCAAAAGCGAGCAUAAAAACCCAGUCCCUCAAUGCCCUCCCCGACUCCAUGUCCAGUUUUUGACCCAUGUGCUGUGGAGCAGAAUGCCAAACCACUUUCUGAAGGUUGAUAUCUCACGGGUCAGUGAACGUCAAGGCUGGAUGGUACAGUGCUUGGAUCCUUUGCAGUUCAUGUCCCUCCAUAUCCCAGAAGAAAACAGGUCUAUAGAUAUUUUAGAACUGACAGAACAGGAAGAAUUGCUGAAAUUUCACUAUCAUACCCUCCGAUUGUAUUCAGCCGUUUGUGCUCUAGGGAACAACCGGGUGGCACAUGCUAUGUGCAGCCAUGUGGAUGAAUCUCAGCUUCUCUAUGGCAUUGAGAAUAAGUAUAUGCCAGGCUUGCUUCGCACAGGCUAUUAUGACUUACUCAUUGACAUCCACCUCAACACCUAUGCCACGGCCAGGUUAAUGAUGAAUAACGAAUUUAUUGUUCCGAUGACGAAUGAGACCAAGAGCAUUACUCUGUUUCCUGAUGAGAACAAAAAACAUGGCCUCCCUGGUAUAGGACUCAGCACUUCACUACGACCUAGAAUCCAGUUCUCCUCUCCCAGUUUUGUAAGCAUUAGCAGUGAGUGCUAUCAAUUUAGCCCUGAAUUUCCUCUGGAUAUCUUAAAGGCCAAAACUAUCGAGAUGCUGACCGAGGCUGUUCAAGAGGGCAACCUCCAUGUCAGAGAUCCAGUAGGGGGUACUACAGAGUUUCUAUUUGUCCCUCUCAUCAAGCUUUUUUACACCCUGCUAAUCAUGGGAGUCUUCCAUAAUGGGGAUCUGAAACACAUCUUGCAGCUGAUUGAGCCCAGCGUUUUCAAGGAAGGCAUGAGCCAGGAGGAUGAGAGUGAAGUGCCAGAGAAGGAGUUGAGUACAGCAGAGCUAAAGCCAGAAGGAGGAGAGGAAGAAGUCAAAGGGGGGCGGGUGCUGAAGGAAGGUCUUCUUCAAAUGAAACUUCCUGAACCAGUAAAAUUACAGAUGUGUUACCUACUCCAGUACCUCUGUGACUGCCAGAUACGUCAUCGGAUAGAAGCCAUUGUAGCAUUUUCUGAUGAUUUUGUGGCUAAGCUUCAAGAGAAUCAGCGAUUCCGAUAUAAUGAAGUUAUGCAGGCCUUAAACAUGUCUGCCGCACUGACAGCCAGGAAAACAAAAGAGUUUCGGUCUCCACCUCAAGAGCAGAUUAACAUGCUUCUGAAUUUUAAGGAUGAUAAAAGUGAUUGUCCUUGCUCUGAAGAAAUUAGAGAUCAACUCUUGGAGUUCCAUGAGGACUUAAUGACACAUUGUGGAAUUGAAUUAGAUGAAGAUGGAGCCCUGGAUGGAAACAGUGAUUUAACCAUUAGAGGUCGCCUCAUGUACCUAGUAGAAAAAGUCACAUAUUUAAAGAAGAAACAAAAUGAGAAACCAGUUGAUAAUGAUGCUAAGAAGCCCUCCACUCUUCAGCAAUUGAUUUCAGAGACCAUGGUACGCUGGGCUCAGGAGUCAGUAAUAGAGGAUCCAGAGUUAGUGAGGGCCAUGUUUGUAUUGCUGCAUCGGCAGUAUGAUGGUAUCGGUGGUCUGGUUCGAAGCUUACCAAAGACCUACACCAUAAAUGGUGUAUCAGUGGAAGAUACAAUCAACCUCUUGGCAUCCCUGGGCCAGAUCCGUUCCUUGCUCAGCGUCAGAAUGGGCAAGGAGGAAGAGAAGCUUAUGAUUCGUGGAUUAGGAGACAUCAUGAAUAAUAAAGUGUUUUACCAACAUCCUAAUCUUAUGAGGGCUCUAGGAAUGCAUGAGACUGUCAUGGAAGUGAUGGUAAAUGUACUUGGCGGAGGAGAAUCCAAGGAAAUCACCUUCCCUAAGAUGGUGGCAAAUUGCUGUCGUUUUCUAUGUUAUUUCUGUCGCAUCAGCAGGCAGAAUCAAAAGGCUAUGUUUGAUCAUCUUAGUUACUUAUUGGAAAACAGCAGUGUUGGCCUUGCUUCCCCUUCUAUGCGAGGAUCAACCCCUCUAGAUGUUGCAGCAGCAUCUGUGAUGGAUAACAAUGAACUUGCACUAGCUUUAAGGGAGCCUGACCUGGAGAAGGUAGUUCGCUAUUUGGCUGGAUGUGGUUUGCAAAGCUGCCCUUUGCUGGUUUCUAAGGGAUAUCCAGACAUUGGCUGGAAUCCAGUUGAAGGAGAGCGGUAUCUGGAUUUUCUUCGCUUUGCAGUUUUUUGCAAUGGAGAGAGUGUUGAAGAGAAUGCUAAUGUUGUGGUCAGGCUACUUAUUCGUCGUCCUGAGUGCUUUGGUCCAGCAUUGAGAGGGGAAGGAGGUAACGGGUUACUUGCUGCCAUGGAGGAAGCUAUAAAAAUAUCAGAAGAUUCUACUAGAGAUGGACCUUCCCCAAGUAAUGGAUCCAGUAAAACACUGGAGAUGGAAGAAGAAGAUGACACCAUCCACAUGGGAAAUGCCAUCAUGACCUUUUACGCUGCUUUGAUUGACCUCUUAGGACGCUGUGCCCCUGAAAUGCAUCUAAUCCAUGCUGGCAAAGGGGAAGCCAUUAGGAUCAGGUCAAUUCUGCGGUCUUUGAUUCCCCUGGAAGAUUUGGUGGGUGUAAUUAGCAUUCCUUUCCACAUGCCAACAAUAGCUAAAGAUGGUACUGUGGUGGAACCUGACAUGUCAGCGGGGUUUUGCCCAGAUCACAAGGCAGCCAUGGUUUUGUUCCUUGACAGAGUCUAUGGAAUUGAGGACCAGGAUUUCCUUCUACAUCUCCUUGAAGUUGGCUUUCUGCCAGAUCUCCGUGCUGCUGCUUCCUUAGAUACGGCUGCUCUGAGUGCUACAGACAUGGCCUUGGCUCUGAAUCGAUACCUUUGUACUGCAGUCUUGCCUUUGUUGACCAGAUGUGCUCCUCUUUUUGCUGGCACAGAGCACCAUGCCUCCCUCAUAGAUUCCUUAUUACAUACUGUGUACAGACUCUCCAAGGGCUGCUCUCUUACCAAAGCUCAGCGGGAUUCCAUUGAAGAAUGUUUACUCUCUAUUUGUGGCCAACUGAGGCCUUCCAUGAUGCAACACUUGCUGAGGAGAUUAGUGUUUGAUGUUCCUCUAUUAAAUGAGCAUGCAAAGAUGCCUCUGAAGUUGCUGACAAAUCAUUAUGAAAGAUGCUGGAAGUAUUAUUGCCUGCCAAGUGGGUGGGGCAACUUUGGUGCUGCAUCAGAAGAAGAACUUCAUUUAUCCAGAAAGUUGUUCUGGGGUAUUUUUGAUGCCCUGUCUCAAAAGAAGUAUGAACAGGAACUGUUCAAACUGGCUUUGCCCUGCCUGAGUGCAGUUGCAGGAGCUUUACCCCCAGACUACAUGGAAUCCAAUUAUGUCAGUAUGAUGGAAAAACAGGCUUCAAUGGAUUCAGAUGGGAACUUUAACCCACAACCUGUUGAUACCUCAAAUAUUACAAUUCCUGAAAAGCUAGAAUAUUUCAUUAACAAAUAUGCAGAACAUUCUCAUGAUAAAUGGUCAAUGGAAAAGUUUGCAAAUGGAUGGAUAUAUGGUGAAACAUAUUCUGAGUCUUCCAAGGUGCAGCCAUUAAUGAAACAAUAUAAACUAUUAUCAGAAAAGGAAAAAGAAAUUUAUCGGUGGCCAAUCAAAGAAUCUUUGAAAACCAUGCUAGCUUGGGGAUGGCGGAUUGAAAGGACAAGGGAAGGAGAUAGUAUGGCCCUUUAUAAUCGGACACGUCGCAUAUCUCAGACAAGUCAGGUGUCUGUAGACGCUGCCCAUGGUUACAGCCCUCGAGCUAUCGACAUGAGCAAUGUUACCCUCUCCAGAGAUCUGCAUGCAAUGGCUGAAAUGAUGGCUGAAAACUACCAUAACAUAUGGGCAAAGAAAAAGAAAAUGGAACUGGAAGCAAAAGUAGGAGGAGGCAACCAUCCUCUGCUGGUUCCCUAUGACACGCUGACAGCCAAAGAAAAAGCCAAAGACCGAGAGAAAGCACAGGAUAUUUUCAAGUUUCUACAGAUCAAUGGAUAUGUUGUCUCCAGAGGAUUAAAGGACCUGGAGUUAGACACACCUUCCAUUGAGAAACGAUUCGCUUACAGUUUCCUUCAGCAGCUGAUAAGAUAUGUGGAUGAAGCCCAUCAGUACAUUCUGGAGUUUGAUGGAGGCAGCAGAGGCAAAGGAGAACAAUUCCCUUAUGAGCAAGAAAUCAAGUUCUUUGCCAAAGUUGUGCUCCCUUUAAUUGAUCAGUAUUUCAAAAAUCAUCGGCUGUAUUUCCUAUCUGCAGCAAGCAGGCCUCUCAGCAGCGGGGGACAUGCCUCUAACAAGGAGAAAGAAAUGGUGACAAGCCUGUUCUGCAAACUUGGAGUUCUUGUCAGGCAUAGGAUUUCACUGUUUGGAAAUGAUGCAACAUCAAUAGUCAACUGUCUUCAUAUACUUGGCCAGACUUUGGAUGCAAGGACUGUGAUGAAGACUGGUCUGGAGUCUGUUAAAAUGGCAUUGAGAGCAUUUUUGGAUAAUGCUGCAGAAGAUCUGGAGAUGACAAUGGAAAAUCUUAAGCAAGGCCAGUUUACACACACAAGAAAUCAACCAAAGGGGGUGACACAAAUCAUUAACUACACCACAGUGGCUCUCCUGCCAGUGCUCUCUUCGUUAUUUGAACAUAUUGGACAGCAUCAAUUUGGAGAAGAUCUAAUAUUGGAAGAUGUUCAGGUCUCUUGUUACAGAAUAUUGGCCAGCUUGUACUCUCUAGGAACCAGCAAGAGUAUCUAUGUGGAGCGGCAGCGCUCAGCCUUAGGAGAAUGUUUGGCUGCUUUUGCUGGUGCCUUCCCUGUGGCCUUUUUGGAAACUCAUCUGAACAAACAUAAUACCUACUCUAUCUACAACACCAAGUCUGCAAGAGACAGAGCAGCUCUUAAUUUGCCAAUCAGUGUAGAAGAGGUUUGUCCAAAAAUUCCUUCCCUGGAGAAGUUAAUGGACGAAAUAGUGGAAUUGGCAGAGUCUGGUAUUCGUUACACACAAAUGCCACAUAUAAUGGAAGUGAUACUGCCUAUGCUGUGUAGCUACAUGUCACACUGGUGGGAACAUGGGCCAGAAAACAAUCCUGACAAGGCUGAAAUGUGCUGCACAGCCUUGACCUCAGAGCACAUGAACACUCUGUUGGGUAACAUACUGAAAAUCAUCUAUAACAACCUAGGUAUUGAUGAGGGAGCCUGGAUGAAGAGAUUAGCAGUGUUUUCCCAGCCUAUCAUAAGCAAAGUGAAGCCCCAGCUUUUAAAGACCCACUUCCUGCCACUGAUGGAUAAGUUGAAGAAAAAAGCAGCAAUGGUUGUAUCAGAUGAAGACCAUCUAAGAGCAGAAGGCAGAGGUGACAUGUCUGAGGCUGAACUGCUUAUCCUAGAUGAGUUCACCAUUUUGGCACGGGACCUCUAUGCCUUCUACCCUUUGUUGAUUAGAUUUGUGGACUAUAACAGGGCAAAAUGGCUGAAAGAACCCAACCCGGAAGCAGAGGAACUGUUCCGCAUGGUGGCUGAGGUAUUCAUUUACUGGUCAAAAUCCCAUAAUUUCAAAAGGGAAGAGCAGAAUUUUGUGGUACAGAAUGAAAUCAACAACAUGUCUUUCCUUAUUACUGACACCAAAUCCAAGAUGUCUAAGGGAGCUGUUUCUGAUCAGGAGAGAAAGAAAAUGAAGCGAAAAGGGGACCGAUAUUCUGUACAGACAUCUCUCAUUGUAGCAGCACUGAAGAGAUUACUACCUAUUGGUCUAAAUAUUUGUGCACCCGGAGACCAAGAGUUAAUUGCACUGGCCAAAAACAGAUUCAGCAUGAAAGACACUGAGGAUGAAGUUAGGGAUAUUAUCCACAGUAAUCUUCAUCUGCAGGGCAAGCUCGAGGAUCCUGCCAUUAGGUGGCAGAUGGCCCUUUACAAAGAUUUACCAAACAGGACCGAAGAUACUUCAGAUCCAGAGAAGACCGUGGAAAGAGUUCUGCAUAUAGCUAAUGUACUUUUCCACCUGGAACAGAGAUCUUCUAAAAUGCGCCAGAGAUUUUUCUGUUUGGGAAGUAUAGAGAGUUUUAUAGUUGAGCAUCCUCAGAGGUCCAAAAAGGCAGUGUGGCACAAACUGUUGUCCAAACAGAGAAAAAGAGCAGUAGUGGCCUGCUUUAGAAUGGCUCCAUUAUAUAAUCUGCCAAGGCAUCGAGCUGUCAAUCUCUUUCUUCAAGGUUAUGAAAAGUCUUGGAUUGAAACAGAAGAGCAUUACUUUGAAGAUAAACUGAUCGAAGAUUUAGCGAAACCUGGAGAGGAGCCACCAGAGGAGGAUGAAGGCAUUAAAAGAGUUGAUCCGCUGCAUCAGCUUAUUCUGCUUUUCAGUCGAACAGCCUUAACUGAAAAAUGCAAACUGGAGGAAGAUUACUUGUAUAUGGCAUAUGCUGACAUUAUGGCAAAGAGUUGUCAUGAUGAAGAGGAUGAUGAUGGUGAAGAAGAAGUGAAGAGUUUUGAAGUCACAGGAUCGCAACGCAGCAAGGAAAAAGAAAUGGAAAAACAGAAGCUUCUGUACCAGCAAGCAAGACUGCAUGAUCGGGGUGCUGCAGAGAUGGUGCUUCAAACAAUCAGUGCCAGCAAAGGUGAGAUGGGUCCCAUGGUUGCCGCCACCUUAAAGCUUGGGAUUGCCAUCUUAAAUGGAGGAAAUUCUACAGUUCAACAGAAAAUGCUCGACUACCUCAAGGACAAAAAGGAUGUGGGCUUCUUUCAGAGCCUUGCUGGUCUUAUGCAGUCAUGUAGCGUUCUUGACCUAAAUGCAUUUGAACGCCAAAACAAAGCAGAGGGCCUUGGCAUGGUGACAGAAGAAGGAUCAGGAGAAAAGGUAAUGCAGGAUGACGAAUUCACCUGUGACCUCUUCCGCUUCCUCCAGUUGCUUUGUGAAGGACACAGUUCAGAUUUUCAGAAUUAUUUGAGAACUCAAACUGGUAACAACACAACUGUCAAUAUUAUCAUCUCCACUGUGGAUUACUUACUGAGAGUUCAGGAAUCAAUUAGUGAUUUCUACUGGUAUUAUUCUGGGAAGGAUGUUAUUGAUGAGCAAGGACAACGUAAUUUCUCCAAAGCAAUUCAAGUUGCAAAACAGGUCUUCAAUACUCUCACAGAGUAUAUUCAGGGUCCAUGUACAGGGAACCAGCAGAGUCUGGCACACAGCAGGCUAUGGGACGCAGUGGUUGGUUUUCUUCAUGUGUUUGCCCACAUGCAGAUGAAACUAUCUCAGGAUUCCAGUCAAAUUGAAUUACUGAAAGAGUUAAUGGAUCUUCAGAAGGAUAUGGUGGUCAUGUUGCUCUCUAUGCUGGAAGGUAAUGUUGUGAAUGGAACUAUUGGCAAGCAGAUGGUUGACAUGCUAGUGGAGUCUUCCAACAAUGUGGAAAUGAUUCUGAAGUUUUUUGAUAUGUUCUUAAAGUUGAAGGAUUUAACUUCAUCUGAUGCAUUCAAGGAAUAUGACCCUGAUGGUAAGGGUAUAAUUUCAAAGAGGGACUUUCAGAAGGCCAUGGAAAGCCAUAAGCACUACACCCAGUCUGAAACUGAGUUUCUACUAUCUUGUGCUGAGACAGAUGAGAAUGAGACUCUGGAUUAUGAGGAAUUUGUGAAACGGUUCCAUGAGCCUGCCAAAGACAUUGGUUUCAAUGUUGCUGUUCUUCUGACCAACCUUUCAGAGCACAUGCGCCAUGAUACUCGGUUGCAGACUUUUCUUGAGCUAGCAGAGAGCGUUCUGAAUUAUUUUCAGCCCUUCCUUGGACGCAUAGAAAUCAUGGGUAGUGCAAAGCGCAUUGAACGAGUUUACUUUGAAAUAAGUGAGUCAAGUCGGACUCAGUGGGAGAAACCUCAGGUUAAAGAGUCAAAGAGGCAGUUUAUCUUUGAUGUAGUAAACGAAGGAGGGGAGAAGGAAAAGAUGGAACUUUUUGUUAAUUUCUGUGAGGAUACCAUCUUUGAAAUGCAGCUAGCUGCCCAGAUCUCUGAGUCAGAUUUGAAUGAGAGGUCCACAAAUAAAGAAGAGAAUGAAAAAGAUAAGCCUGAGGAACAGGACCCUAGCAGGGGCUUCUUCUCCCUUGUGACUGUCAAGGCAGCCUUGGUAGCCCUCAAGUAUAAUAUAAUGACUCUUACAAAAGUGCUCAGCAUGAAGAGUCUAAAGAAGCAGAUGAAGAAAAUGAAGAAAAUGACCAUGAAGGACAUGUUCAUGGCUUUAUUUUCUUCCUACUGGAGCAUCUUGAUGGGCUUACUGCAUUUCACCUGUAGUGUUUUCCGGGGCUUCUUUCGCAUCAUGUACAGUUUGCUACUCGGAGGAAGCCUGGUAGAAGGGGCUAAGAAGAUCAAGGUGGCUGAACUUUUAGCUAAUAUGCCAGAUCCCACUCAGGAUGAGGUACGUGGUGAAGGGGAAGAGGGAGAAAGGAAACCCACAGAAGCUGCAUUGCCAGCAGAAGAUCUGACCGAUCUGACAGCUUUAUCAGAUGAUGGUGACCUACUCUCAGACAUAUUUGGCUUGGACUUGAAAAGAGAAGGAGGCCAGUAUAAGCUGAUUCCUCAUAAUCCAAAUGCUGGUCUGAGUGAUUUGUUGAGCACAUCUUCCUUACUCCCAUUACCUGAGAUGCAGGAAAAAAUUCAGGAGCAGAAAGUGAAUGACGAUGCAAAGGAGGAGAAAGAAGAAACUAAAUCGGAACUUGAAAAAGCAGAGGGAGAAGAUGGAGAAAAGGAAGAAAAAGCCAAAGAAGACAAAGGGAAACAGAAGCUGAGACAGCUUCAUGCACACAGAUAUGGAGAACCAGAAGUCCAGGAAUCAGCCUUUUGGAAGAAAAUCAUAGCAUACCAGCAGAAACUUCUUAACUAUUUUGCUCGCAAUUUUUAUAACAUGAGGAUGUUGGCUUUGUUUGUUGCUUUUGCCAUCAAUUUCAUCCUGCUCUUCUAUAAGGUCUCCACCUCUGCUGUGAUAGAAGAAAAGGAAGUUCUUGUGGUAAAUGCUGAGGAAGACUCCAAGUUAAACAGCCUGGAAAGUGGCUCCCAUCGGAUCAUCGCUGUGCACUAUGUCCUUGAAGAAAGCAGUGGCUAUAUGGAACCCACGCUGCGGAUUUUGGCCAUCCUACACACAGUCAUCUCCUUUUUCUGCAUCAUUGGAUAUUACUGUUUGAAAGUUCCACUGGUUAUUUUUAAGCGUGAAAAGGAAGUUGCAAGGAAAUUGGAAUUUGAUGGGCUGUACAUUACAGAACAGCCUUCAGAAGAUGAUAUUAAAGGGCAGUGGGACAGACUCGUCAUCAACACACAAUCAUUUCCUAACAACUAUUGGGAUAAGUUUGUUAAAAGAAAGGUUAUGGAUAAAUACGGGGAGUUCUAUGGCCGGGACAGAAUCAGUGAGUUACUAGGAAUGGACAAGGCUGCUCUGGAUUUUAGCGAUGCCCGAGAAAAAAAGAAACCAAAGAAAGAUAGCUCCUUAUCUGCGGUGCUAAAUUCCAUUGAUGUAAAGUAUCAGAUGUGGAAAUUAGGAGUUGUUUUCACUGAUAAUUCUUUUCUUUACCUAGCCUGGUAUAUGACUAUGUCAAUCCUUGGCCAUUACAACAACUUUUUCUUUGCUGCUCAUCUCCUUGACAUUGCAAUGGGAUUCAAGACACUACGAACUAUUCUGUCAUCAGUAACCCACAAUGGCAAACAGCUUGUGUUAACAGUGGGAUUACUGGCAGUGGUAGUCUACUUGUACACAGUAGUGGCAUUCAAUUUUUUCCGUAAAUUCUACAACAAGAGUGAAGAUGGAGAUAUGCCAGAUAUGAAAUGUGAUGAUAUGCUAACAUGCUACAUGUUUCAUAUGUAUGUCGGUGUGCGGGCGGGCGGAGGCAUUGGUGAUGAAAUUGAGGAUCCAGCAGGAGAUGAAUAUGAGAUCUAUCGGAUCAUCUUUGACAUUACUUUCUUCUUCUUUGUAAUUGUCAUUCUGCUAGCCAUCAUACAAGGUUUAAUUAUUGAUGCUUUUGGAGAAUUAAGAGACCAACAAGAACAAGUUAAAGAAGACAUGGAGACCAAAUGCUUUAUCUGUGGGAUAGGCAAUGACUACUUUGACACAGUGCCCCAUGGCUUUGAAACACACACCCUGCAGGAGCACAACUUGGCCAAUUAUCUAUUUUUUCUGAUGUAUCUCAUUAACAAAGAUGAAACAGAGCAUACAGGACAGGAAUCCUAUGUAUGGAAAAUGUAUCAAGAACGGUGCUGGGAGUUUUUCCCUGCUGGUGACUGCUUCCGAAAACAGUAUGAAGACCAGCUCAACUAA